AUGGAACAUGUUUCAAGUGCCACCACCGCCAGCUCUAGCUCAACCACAACAGUGGCACAACUUGAGACUGAGACAUCCAAAGAAGUCAUGGAAUUCAUAAUGAAGCUGGAGAAGAAGUGUCCACCCAAGGAGGAAUACAAGUCUUUCUUCGAGAAACUAAAGAGUACCAUGGUGGCCUCCACAAAGGUUACUACCGAAAAGAAGAAAGGUUUCUUCUCUGCUGCAGCUGGAAAAAUAUCUGAUGCGGUGUCUUUCAUUGGUUCAAAAUUUACUGGCAAGUCAGCAGAGGUUAAAAAAUCCAUGGAGACCUACCAACAAGAGGUGGCCAAGGCACUGCAGGAGUUAGAAGCCAUCCACAAGAAAAUCAUUGAAGCAAACCAAGGCAAGGUAGAGGGGUCAGUGGCAGUGACAGCAGAGCAAAAAACAGAGAUCAAACAAACAAUCACCAGAUGGGAAACAGUGACGACUCAGUUCGUGGAGACUGCUAUCCAGACCGAGGCUGCUUCAAAUACUACAGUUGGUGUAGACAAAGUCAAGCUACCUUGA